UGAGAGCUAAAUAAUGUGUAUUUAAAGUUUUAAAUAUUUCUAAUCGAAAUACUGAUAAAUGGCGAUAAUUAAAAAUACAACGUUUAUUAUCUAGUAGAAUUUUUAAAAAAGUAAUUUAAUAGACAGAGCAAAUAGAGUUAAUUUAAUUUUGAGUACCGGUCUCCAAGUAAAUAAUAACCUCAGGUUAGAUUAGCGGAUUAGCCGAGUGUUUGAAUGCGCAGCCAACAAUCAGUUUGCUGUUCAUGUAAAACAGUGAUGUUGGUGGCUGUAUGAGUUGCGGAGUCAUAUGUCGAUGUACUCACAGUUUUAGACGGACCGUCCUCCAGUUUGUAUAGGUGACAAUAUCAAUUAAUUGUGGUCGGUAAGUCACCAUGAGCGACAUCGAUGAAACGGACAAAAGUACAAGAAAACAGCGUUUGUACACGUUGCUGGCGUUUUUCUUGCUCGGCCUUUGCAACAACUUCGGUUAUGUUGUCAUGUUGAGCAGUGCACACGAUAUACUCAAAAACUUGUCUCCGCCUAACAAUCAAACAGGCAAUUCAACGAUCCAUAAUCAAUCAGACGAACAUGCCCGGGAUUGUAAUCAUCUGUCGACCGGUGUCAUACUUUUAGCCGACAUUCUACCAGGUCUCAUGGUGAAGAUGAUCUCACCGUUUAUACCUUUAUACAUCAACCGGAGAAUAUGCGUUUGCCUGGGUUUGACCGUCGCCAGUUUCUUGACCGUGGCUAGAGCGAAAACCGAAUUUGUAGCUACCAUUGGCGUGGCGUUGACAUCCUUGGCUUCCGGUCUCGGCGAACCAACGCUGUUGGCUUACAUGAGCUAUUUCGACCGAAAUGCCAUAACCACAUGGUCGUCGGGAACAGGAGCGGCUGGAAUUUUAGGAGCGUUGACUUACGUUGGAUUGACCGGAAUCCUACAAUUGACUCCUUCCACUACUAUGUACCUGAUGCUCGUGGUACCUUUUGUUAUGGCGUUCUCAUUUUGGGUGUUGCUCGUCCACCCUGACUUGGACGCGGUGCAUACGAUUACCGACAGUGCUGAUAGUUUGUCCGAUAGUACACGAAAGACCGCCGACACGUUCGCCGGCAAAUUGUCUUAUCUGCCUUCGUUGAUUAAGUUUAUGCUGCCGUUGGGCAUGGUCUAUUUUUUCGAGUACCUAAUAAACCAAGGAUUAUUUGAAUUGGUGUACUUUAGAAAUAUCUGGUUAACGCAUGCCGAGCAGUACAGAUGGUAUCAAGUGCUGUAUCAAGUAGGAGUGUUCGUGUCUAGGUCCACCGUCAGCCUGUUCCCGAUUGAAAAACUUUGGAUACUAGCUAUAUUGCAGGGAAUUAACUUAAUAUAUUUUUUAACGCAAACUGUCUACUCGUUCACGCCAAAUAUAUUUAUAGUGUUUGUUAUUAUUGCGUAUGAGGGUUUACUGGGAGGAUCAGGUUACGUCAAUACAUAUCACAACAUAGUUAAAAAGGUUCCAAAAGAACGUCGGGAAUUCGCUAUGUCCAUGACUUCACUGGCCGAUUGCCUUGGUAUUACUAUGGCCGGAUUCGUCGCUAUUCCAGUGCACAAUGCGAUUUGUCAAUUGCCUGUUUGACCUUUUUGAAGUCACUCCAAGUCUCGCACUUAAUGCAAAGUUUACAUUAUUUAUUUUCAAAUGUAAUUUAAUUCGGUCUUCACUUCAAACUAUUGAUUAUAUCUUCACUGACGCUAAGCUGAUUAUUUAGGAAUCAACAAUAUUGUAUAUUAACACGAGAGAACUCGCCGUUCAACUUGGGACAAGCGUGUUUUUUUAUUAUAUUUAUGAAUAUUCGGCAACAUGUUUUUUUCUCACAUUUUGUGUAAAAUAAACAAUUAUUUGACCAUAAUGACUAGGUUGAAUCUAUUUUUUACUCAAUUAUGAUAAUUAUAAAAGCGUUGUUAAAACAUUGAACCAUUGUAAAAUAAAUGAAAAUAUUAUUUGUAUAA